UUUUAUUGUUAUAAACUUCCUUUUGACAAGAUCCCAUCAAAACCUUUCAAUUUUCUUGUAUAAAAUAGCCUAAGGUUUCCCGAAACGAACAAAAGUGUACAUAAAAUAUCAAUUUAAUAUAAAAUUGGGAAGUGUGUGAGAAUUGUAGAGCAGGACCAGGUUGUAGUCGGGCGGGUCACUAGAAUCUUCUAUUCUUGCCCGAUUCACCGACUAAUAAUGCGGGUUUCAAGAAUAGCUAGCUACGGGUUCUGGUCUCCUACCUUAGCUCCGAAGUAAGUUAUACAAAUUUCCAAAUAUGCCAUUCAUAAUAACUGACGCGCCAAAUCCAAUUGACGCGUGCGCUCAUUUCUUUAUUUGGUUUCUUCUCUCUUUUUCUUUCCUAUAAAUACCCAGACCCCUUAUGACCAAAAUUUCAUCCAACUUUCUUUCGCACCAAACAAAACCUAAACCAAAACCAAGAAUUCAAGAAUUUCUUUUGUGAUAUGGCUCAACAAGACUCCGGUUUGCAACAACAGUUGUUGGAGAAGGAUGAGGAAAAUAGGCUCAAGUACCUUGAGUUUGUCCAAAUAGCGACCAUUCACGCAGUGGUUUGCUUCUCAAACCUUUACGGCUAUGCUAAGGACAAGUCUGGCCCUUUGAAGCCUGGGGUUGAGACCGUCGAGGGAACUGUCAAGAACGUUGUUGCUCCUGUUUAUAAUAAAUUCCAUGACGUCCCUAUUGGCCUGCUCAAAUUCGUUGAUCGCAAGGUUGAUGAAUCUGUGACUGAACUGGAUCGCCGUGUACCACCAACAAUCAAGCAAGUCUCUUCCCAAGCCGUGUCUGCGGCUCAGAAGGCCCCAGUGAUGGCCAGAGCCGUUGCCACUGAGGUUCAACGGGCUGGAGUUGUGGACACUGCGUCAGGAGUUGCUAAAUCAGUGUAUGCUAAGUGUGAACCAAGGGCUAAGGAGUUCUACGCCAAAUACGAGCCCAAGGCUGAGCAGUGUGCCGUCUCUGCUUGGCGCAAGCUCAACCAACUUCCUCUGUUCCCUAAAAUGGCUCAUGUUAUGGUCCCCACUGCAGCUUACUGCUCUGAGAAGUACAACCAAACCGUGCUUUCCACUGCAGAUAAAGGGUACAAGGUUUCCUCCUACUUGCCUUUGGUACCAGUUGAGAGGAUUGCUAAGGUUUUUGGGGAGCAGGGUUCUGAAUCAUUGUUUUCCAGCCAUGGUGAAAUUGACGUUGCUAACUGAUAUGGUCUUCAUUUUCUGAUUGGCACAUCUUUCUGAUUUUGCAUUGUUUACAUGGGGUUUUUUUUUUCUUGUUCAUGGAAGAAUCAAACAUAAUGUGCCAAUUUUGUUUUAGAUAAAUUGUUAUAUUUUGUUUUCCUAUAUUAGAGACUCGGGCCAGUGCACCACACCCUGGAUUGCAUGUGGCACCGAGUACUCGCUGUGUAAUUAUACAUUUUUCUCUUGUCUACGAGUCUGUCUCUGUAGUUGACUAUACUCAUGUGAAAAGAGGUCGUUUGGGUUUAA